CCCUCACGCGGUUGGUUCGUUUCCCGCUGCCUCUGUCGCUCCUUCUCAGACUCGUACGGGACAACAAGCCUCUCGGACCCGCAGCGCGUUGCCAUGGCAGCACAGACCCUCCAUCUCGCGUGUGCUGCUGUCUGCCUCCUCCUCACGGGUUCGACUCUUGGUGCGGGGAAGAACUUCUCUGUACCAUGUGACCUCGCCGACCCCGUCCAGGAGAUAACGUGGUUCCAUCUCCACGGGGAUCGCGUGACGCCGCUGCUCUCGUUUUCACUCACCAGGAUGAACCAGACCUCCAUCGAGACGUACCACCCGAGGGCAGUCUCUACCGGAGACCUUCGGGACCAGCCGCCGAGUCUGAACCUGAUCGCGGUUAACCGGUCGGACGCCGGUCUGUAUUUUUGCGUUGGACGCAAACAGCAACUAUCCGUCACCAGCCCCGUUCUGCGUCUGAGCGCCUUGACUGGUGUCCUGCAUGAACUAAUCCACCAGAAGGCGGACCUUGCGGUUGCCAGCUUCACCAUCACCUCUGAGAGGGAGAAGGUCAUCGACUUCUCCAAGCCCUUCAUGUCCCUGGGGAUCAGCAUCCUCUACAGGGUGCACCUGGGCCGUAAGCCCGGCUACUUCUCCUUCCUGGACCCCUUCUCCCCGGCCGUCUGGCUCUUCAUGCUGCUGGCCUACCUGGCCGUCAGCUGCAUCCUGUUCCUGGCUGCUAGGCUGAGCCCUUACGAGUGGUACAACCCCCACCCCUGCCUGCGGGACCGCCGGGACCUGCUGGAGAACCAGUACACGCUGGGCAACAGCCUGUGGUUCCCCAUCGGGGGCUUCAUGCAGCAGGGCUCCGAGAUCAUGCCCCGCGCCCUGUCCACGCGCUGCGUCAGCGGCGUCUGGUGGGCCUUCACCCUGAUCAUCAUCUCCUCGUACACGGCCAACCUGGCGGCCUUCCUGACGGUGCAGCGGAUGGAGGUGCCCAUCGAGUCCCCCGACGACCUGGCGGACCAGACCAACAUCCAGUACGGCACCAUCCACGGGGGCUCCACCAUGACCUUCUUCAUGAACUCGCGCUACCAGACCUACCAGCGCAUGUGGAACUUCAUGCACUCCAAGCAGCCCAGUGUGUUCGUGAAGAGCACCGAGGAGGGCAUCGCCCGCGUGCUCAACUCCAAGUACGCCUUCCUGAUGGAGAGCACCAUGAACGAGUACUACCGCGGGCUGAACUGCAACCUCACGCAGAUAGGAGGCCUGCUGGACACCAAGGGCUACGGCAUCGGCAUGACCCUGGGUUCUCCGUACAGAGAUGAGAUCACCCUGGCGGUUCUCCAGCUCCAGGAGAACAACCGUCUGGAGAUCCUGAAGAGGAAGUGGUGGGAGGCGGGCCAAUGCCCCAAGGAGGAGGACCACAGAGCCAAAGGUCUGGGCAUGGAGAACAUCGGGGGCAUCUUCGUGGUGCUGAUCUGCGGCCUCAUCCUGGCCGUGUUCGUGGCCGUCAUGGAGUUCGUCUGGUCCACCCGCCACUCGGGGUCCGACGAGGUACACACGCCCCUUCACCACCCCUCCUCCUCCUCAGGCCACGCCCACUGCCAACACACCCCAGUGUCGGUCUGUCAGGAGAUGAUGUCAGAGUUCCGGAACGCCGUCUCCUGCAGGAAGAGCUCGCGGUCGCGGCGCCGCCGGCCACUGACCGGCUCGGCGGGGGGCGGAGUCCUGAGGCCCCGCCCCCGGCCCCGCCCACUGCGGUUGGUGAGGGACGUGCGCUUCAGCAACGGCCAGCUGUGUGGCCUGGGGGGGGGCUUCGGGCCCCCGGGGGGGGGGCUGGACCCGGGGCCCGGCCCCCACCGCCUCCUGGUGGAGGACCCGUUAGGGGCCGACGUGGGCCCGCCGGCCCCUCCCCCGCCGGUGGCCCCGCCCCCGCUGGCCGCCCGGGUCUGCCAGGAGUGCCGCCGCAUCCAGGCACUGCGGCCGUCUCACCCGUCUCACCCGCCGCCCCCGCCCUCCUCCUCCUCCCUCACCCCUCUGGCCCUGUCGCCGCGGCAACACCACCACCACUACCACCACCACCACCAGCACCACCAGCAGCACCCCCACCACCACCUCCUCCUGCACCCCCCCCACCACCACUACCACCACGGCUCCAUGUCCCUGCCCCGCCUCCCCCCCCACCUCCCCCCCCUCCCCCCCACCUCCUCCUCCGCCUCCGACCGGGCCGACAGCGACGGGGGAGGGGGGGGCGGAGUCGGCUGCAGGAUGAAGCCCCUCCCUCCACCACGCCCCCUCCCCCCGCCCGCUAAGCCCCACCCCCCCACAGACCUCCUCGGGGGGAAGGACUGA